UUUGGGAAUGAUACUUUCAGUUUUGUUUUUACUUGAAUCUCGCUAAACCUGCAGUGGUUUAUGAAAUUUAGACAGCCAGAAUGUAAAACUCAUGCAGAACUUUUACAAUGUUCAAACGCUUCAAUCUUCUGCUGCUGCUGUUUUGCUUCAUCUAUCAGAGCGGAGCCCCGCCUGUAGGAACCAGCACUAUAUCUGUGUCAGGAAAAAAGAGAGACAACGUCACACUGCCAUGUCAAUUUGAGACCAAAAAGAUUUCUGAUAUUAGUUUAAACAAUGGGUCAGAAAACAUCCCUGUCUGUCAGACUGAAGACUGUAGAGGACGAGUAUUUAAACACGGAAACUGUGACGUCUUCAUUAAGAAUCUGAGCUUCAGUGAUGCUGGGACGUACUUUUUGCAUGUCUAUUACAAUAAUGAUCAGACAAAGCUGAGGCGACAAAUCAGGACGUACCAACUUCAUAUUCACGAUGAGGUUUCUGUGAAAACAGGUGAGGAGCACAAGUUAGAUGUUCUUUCUAAUGCUAAUCAAGUUGUGCACUGGACCAGAAGCAAAACAAGUUGGAGGGAGGUUUGGAGCAGAAGCAACGGAGCUCAAAGCGAUCAACUGACCGACACUGAUGGGACUCUGAGCAUUAAAGAGUUUACAGCCAAUGAUGCAGGAACAUACAGAGUUCUGGACUAUGAAGGAGAAAUCUUGAUCACAGUGACAGUCACAGAGUCAGAUACAGAAUCAAAGGGAAAAUACUACAACACAGAUGAGGACAAAACUGAUAACAAAAGACAACACUCUGUUUGGUUUUGGAUUAUGAUU